UUACCACCAGAGGACAGUAGACGUCUAACGUCAAGAGGACUCGACAGGAACUGAAAGAAGAAGACUAAAAGCCGCUACAGGAUCGGUUUGAAUGAACCACCAACUUUGAUAGUUUGUUCAUUUGUUUUGUCUAACUGGUUUGUUUGGGUUUCUUAGACUUGUAUCCUGCUGUGUAACGUUAUAAUGUCCGGGAUACCUCCAGACACAUGGCAGCCGCCCACCGUGGCUUUGGAGACCACGAUGGGGACGGUUCUGGUGGAGCUUUACUGGAACCAUGCCCCGAAAACCUGCAAGAACUUCGCAGAGCUGGGCAGGAGAGGCUACUACAACAACACCAAGUUUCACCGGAUUAUCAAAGACUUCAUGGUGCAGGCGGGGGAUCCUACAGGAACAGGUCGAGGUGGUGCCUCCAUUUAUGGUAAACAGUUUGAAGAUGAACUUCAGCCAGAUCUGAAAUUUACAGGCGCUGGAAUUCUGGCCAUGGCCAACGCAGGACCAGACACCAACGGAAGUCAGUUCUUCCUCUCCCUUGGACCCACGCAGUGGCUGGACGGGAAGCAUACUAUUUUUGGAAGAGUGUGCCAAGGCAUGGGAGUGCUAAACCGGAUUGGGCUGGUGGAAACAAACAGUCAAGAUCGUCCAGUCGAUGAUAUUAAAAUUGUCAGAGUCACUUUACCUAAUUAGAUAAAACGUCUCUUUUUAAUUUGUAUUUUUUUUAUUGCUUUGGAAAAUAAAUAUGAAAACUUCA